GCGUUAGCAGGGCCGGCGGCGGCGCCGGGGGCUCGGCCCGUGCGGGGCCCGCAGCGGCUGACCAUGGAGCCCCAGAUGCAGACCAGCGCCGGCCCACUCGGGGGGCAAGGCUGCUCGCAGGCCCCGCUGGCCUCGGAGUCAUCGGCCGACACUGCAGAAAUCUCACCACCCUCGAGGCCUCAUCCACCCGUUGUGGGCAAAGUGACCCACCACAGCAUCGAGCUGUACUGGGGCCUGGACGAGAAGGCCAGGCGGCAGGGACCCCAGGACCAGUGGCUCCGGUACUCCAUCGAAGAAGAAGACCCCAAAACGCACACUUACGGUAUCAUCUAUACGGGCUACUCGACGAAGCACGUGGUGGAGGGCCUGGAGCCGCGCACGGUGUACAGGUUCCGGCUGCGAGUGACCAGCCCCUCGGGGCAGUGCGAGUACAGCCCCGUGGUCUCCGUGUCCACCACCAGAGAGCCCAUCAGCAGCGAGCACUUCCACCGCGCCGUCAGUGUGAACGAUGAGGACUUGCUGGUCCGGAUGCUCCAAGGAGGCAACAUCCAGGUCGACGUGCCCAAUAAGUUUGGCUUCACGGCUCUCAUGGUUGCCGCGCAGAAAGGUUACACCAGCCUCGUGAAGAUCCUGCUUUCGAAUGGAACAGACGUGAACAUAAAGAACGGAAGCGGUAAGGACAGCCUGAUGCUCGCCUGCUACUCGGGCCACCUGGACGUGGUGAAGUGCCUGCGGAAAAGCGGGGCCUCCUGGGAGGCCCGGGACCUCGGGGGCUGCACCGCGCUGCACUGGGCGGCCGACGGCGGCCACUGCCACGUCAUCGAGUGGAUGCUCAGCGACGGCUGCGAGGUGGACAGCACGGACACGGGGUCGGGCUGGACGCCGCUCAUGCGGGUCUCGGCCGUGUCGGGGAACCAGAAGGUGGCCUCCCUGCUCAUCGAGGCCGGGGCCGACGUGAACAUGAAGGACAAAGACGGGAAGACGCCCCUGAUGGUGGCCGUCCUGAACAACCACGAGGAGCUCGUCCAGCUGCUGCUCGACAAAGGGGCAGACGCGAGCGUCAAAAACGAGUUUGGCAAAGGUGUCCUGGACAUGGCCAGAGUGUUCGACAGACAGAACGUCGUGUCGCUGCUGGAGGAGAGGAGGAAGCAGCUGCCCAAGAAGCCGCCCCUCUGCCGCCCCGGGAAGCCGGGCUCCGCCGAGGCCUAGGUCGCCCGCCGGCCUGGGUCAGGCCCCGCUCUGAAAUACAGCCUUUAACCUUUCACCUUUCACCUGUCGUCACUGUCGGGGACUGAGACGGCAGGCGGCCGAGCGCUGCACGGACAAGCCGCCCGCACACGCGUCCCGCCUCGGUCCCGGCCCUCCCAUCCCCCGGGCCCCGGAGCUGGGCGCCGCCGUCCCCUGUGGUCACCCAGGGCCUCCGGGGAGCUCAGGGCCGGUCUGGGUGCCAGGUUGACCACACCGCCCGCCUCCGGGGAGGACCCGCCCCCGCUGCCCCCAUCGGGGAGGGUGGGCGAAGGGGCAGCAGCAGAGGGCCGGGAGCGACCCCUGCGCGCGGCCUGGGCAGCCCAGCCGCGCCCCCCGGCAUUUCACUCUGGCCCGGGGCCCUCGCUGCCGGCGCGGGCCUCGGCCCCUUUAAGACUGAGUUCUAGAACCUUCUAGACCCAUGCUCCGGGCCUGCGGCCCUGUCGUGGGGAAGAGGGUGUCGGCCCGUCACCUGCCCGCGGGGCCGCGCUGGGCGUGUGUGGGGUGCAGGCACGCGUUUCGGGGGUCCCCCGCCCUCCGCACCCGCACCCCUGCACCACGGCUGGGCCCUGGGAGAAGACGUGCAUUGCCCGUGACGUGAGGAGGAAGAGACGGAUCUGACUGUGCUGCCGGCGUGCCCGGGCACCUCUGGGCACCCGCCGGGCAUUUCUGCAGGGCCCGGGAGCUGCAGGUUGGGGGCGCCGGGCUCGAGGGACGGGAGAUCUCGGGGCCGCAGCGGGGGCCGCAGGGGGGCCCCCCCUUCCUCCCUCGCGGCUUUCGAUGCUGCAUUAACUGGCUUUGCGUUUUCCCGAAGAAGCGAUUCGUGAUUCUCGUCUACUUUCCUUAAUUUAUCCUAUUUAUUUUCG